CAGCUUAAUAAAUGAAAAAUAUCCCAACAAUAAUAUAAACAACAAACAGAACACUGUUAUAUUUAAUUAUACUGAUGUAGAGCUUCCGAAUGAAGUUGAAGAAAUUAUUAACCUAGAACCAGGAUUUGGGAUCCCAGUAAAACCUAAAGAAGUGCAAGUAAACACACUAAUUAAAAACCUAGAAUAUGGCAUAAAAAAUUUAACUAUAGAAAAUGGAGGUGAAAAAACUAUUAAGGACGCGCAGAACAACGUUAGAAUAAAAGCGGUGAACAUAAUGAUGAAUUAUUUCAAGAAAAACAGCCUAAAUAAGCAUAAUAACAUAAUAAAUAACAAUUUCAUAAAAACGAAACGGUUCCUAAAACAGAACCCAGACAUAAUAGUCACAAGAUCAGACAAAGGAAACAACACAGUUAUUAUGAAAAAAGAUGAAUAUUUAAAAGAAAGGGAGAAACUACUGGAAAAUACUAAUACAUACAGUUUAUUAAUUAAUAAUCCCACAAAGAAAUUUAAAAAAAUAGCUUAUAAUUUAAUAACAAAAUUACAAAWCGAGUCGAUAAUCUCAGAAGGAAUGGGAAAAAACUUAAGAACUUAUAAUGCAGUAACACCUAAACUUUAUGGAUUAAGAAAAACACAUAAAAAAGAAUGUACUAUGAGACCAGUUGUAAGUU